AGCAGAGCCUCCAUCAGUCCACUCGAUCGAUCGGAUAAUCCCGCAACGACGCACCGUCACAGAAUGCGCUUCCUUCUAAUCCUCCGCCGCUUGCUCCAAGCCACAGAUCGCCCGCGUCACUGUCACUCCUCUCCCUCGCUACCCAAAUCAACCUGCAGCGUCUAUUGUAUUCUGCACUUCCACAACUUCUAGCAAAGGAAAGAAAGGGCAACCGAAAACACAAUUGUCAUGCUGUCCAUCUGCUCUGCUGCCGCUACUUGUUCAUCUUAUUCGCAGGUAUCUCUCCAUGCUAGUGCAAAGGUUUUUUAUCCUCUUCAGAAGGUUAUAGAUGAUAGGUGCAUCAUCAACAACAAUAGGCCAUCUUUAUAUUUCCAAGAUUGUAUUUAUGGAAGUGAUAGGACAUUCAGAGUGCAUCCUAAAUCUAUGGAUUCUUUAGUUGUGGAAAGACCUCAGGGAUCCUUGGAUACCUCCAUUCUCUCUCCAUACCCUGAAGCAUCUGAUGAUAUAGUGAGUGGGUUCCAGAAUGAGUACUUUGACAAUUUGCCAGACAGCAGUAAUUACUCUGAGAGUUACGGUUUGUAUCCAGUUGGUGGAAACUUACUUGAGCCUGAAGUUUUCCCAAACAAACAUGAAGGAGCUCUUGCCAAUAAUUUAAGCAGUACUAGUAUCACUGCCUUACCAACGAAUACACCGUACUCAGAGGUACCAUCUAUUACACCCCUUAGUAAUGGUGAAUUUCCAAAUCUUCCUGAAUCUCUUACUCAAAGCUCAGGUGGAUUAAUGGAUGUUGCUUCUUCGAGCUCCAUUUAUUCGGAUGCUAGGGCAAGUAAUUCAUUGCCAGUUUUGGAGAUAGAAGUGGCUAAUAAGGGAUUCUCAGAUAUUAAAGAAAACGUUGAGGAUAUUAUAAUUGGAAUCAAUCAAUCUGUCGACUCAUCAUUAAAAAGAGCAGAAGAUGCUGUCCAGAGCACUAUCAGCACACUUAAGAUAUCUGCUUCUGAUACAGUUGGAAGCUUUACAAAAUCAAUUGAUAGCACAUUGAGUAACUUUCUUUCUUCUGUGUCCAUCACCAAAGAUCAAGCUAGUAAUAAUUUGAAGGAAAAUGUGAAUGGAGCAGGUAGUGUAGCUAUUGACAUCUUGAGGCGAGCAGUUAUUGUGCUGGAGGAUUCUUUAGCAAAUGCAGGAUCGUUUGUUGUAUAUUCUUAUGGAACCGCAAAGUCGUUGCUUCCUCCAUACAUUAAGGAGGUACUAAGCUUGUCAGAGGAGAAAGCUAAGCAAAUUGUAGAGCCUGUUGGAGCUGCUUUUCAGAAGGCUUUUGUGGUUAUUGAAGGAUUAGAGAGAAAUUUUGGUUUAGAUCCUAAUGAUCCAAUUGUCCAGUUUUUAGUUCUCCUAGGCAGCUCAGUUGCCAUAGGCACAUCUUAUUGGUUUUUCACAUAUGGUGGAUACUCUGGUGACUUAACACCUGAAACAACUUUUGAGCUUUUACGAGAUGGGAAGGAUGCUGUGCUUAUUGAUGUCCGGCCUGAGGAACUCAGGGAGAAAGAUGGUGUUCCUGAUUUACGGAGAGGGGCUAGGUCUAAAUAUACUAGUGUAAUUCGCCCUGAGAUUGAUGGCUCAGUUAGGAAACUGCUGAAGGGUGGGAGAGAUGUUGAUUAUUCUUUAACUGCUGUUGUCAUCCGCAACUUGAAGAAUGUUAAAAAAGAGUCAAAGGUCAUUGUUAUGGAUGCUAAUGGGGGUCAUUCUAAAGCCAUUGCUAGAUCAUUGAAGAAACUUGGUGUAAAGAAUCCUUAUAUGGUUCAAGGUGGAUUCGAAUCUUGGGUCAAGAAUGGUCUUCGUACUAAAGAGCUAAAGCCUCAGACCGCAUUAACUCUACUGAAUGAGGAUGCUGAGGCAAUCAUCGAGGAUAUCAAGCCUACCCCAACACUUGUAAUAGGAUAUCUCUUGGGAGUUUCUGCAGCCAUCUAUGCCUUCUCAGAGUGGGAAAAGACACUACAGAUAAUUGGUAUCAUCGGCCUUGGCCAGAGUCUCUAUCGGAGGGUGGCUUCAUAUGAGAAUUCAGAGGACUUGAAGAAAGAUGUUAGAUUGUUGCUAUCCCCUUUGCAAUUGGGAGCUCAAGCAUUCUCUCGGACUGCUUCAAUGUUAGAGCCAAAGAAAAUUGGCCUACCGUUGUCCCCUUCGUCAACUGCCGUCCGUGACCGGGUAGUGCAAGCGGCCGCUAAACACGAAUCACAACCAUCCGAUACCGAUGAACCGCUGGGACUACCAAAAGAGUCACUGGUUCAGCCAAGUGAGAACCAAGCAUGACACUUUUUUUUGCAUAUGUAUUUAGCGAUCGAUCGACGAACAUAGGAUUUAUUGAAUCGGAGUGGUCGAGGAACUAAACCAAAAGAGGAAAGUUUUGGCAGCUGGGAGUGAUGCAACACAGACCUACGCUGCCAAAUUCUACCAACUUAAAGCCGACUAAUCAGUCUGCUGAUUCUCAUGAUCAGUCGAUCUUGAAUCAAACUAAUGUGGGAAAUUGGCUCGGGUGAACCUGCAGUUGGGCCUGAUCUCGCCAAGCUUACCCGUCAGCACGCCGAUUCUCCCCAUCCGGUUCAUCGAGUUGGCGAAGAAGCGCCGGAAGUCUUUGAAGCUGCGGUCGUACUCUUCGGCGAUGCGAACGCCGUCCCUCGACGUGGUGAGCUGCUGGUCUAUCCCGAGCACGCCCUCGUUGCUCAACACAUUCGCGUAGUAAGAGUUGGAGAAGUUGUAGCUGGCACCGGUGGUCGGGUUGAGGAACACGGUCGGCUCAGGCCGGUUGCGCCUCAGCUUGUACGGGCACGUCGCCGCCAACUGCCGAGCGAACCGGCAGUCCAUCGUGGCGUCGGGCAGCCCGGUGUUGUUGUAGUUGUAGAUUCUGUAGUGGACGUAAUGGCAGUGCGCCACACCCAUCGUGUGAGCUCCUGUCCAUGGAUCGCCGCCGUUUAAUGCUUAAUUACAGUGACCAAUCGUGUA